AUGAUGUUGCUACAAUCGGGCACGAGGAGACUGGAUAAAGGAUACGAAACCGGUCUCUUGUGGCGGUACGACGAUGUUCGGCUACCGGACAGUAAUAGUAUGGCUUUGAAGCACCAGCAAUGUCUUGAUAAGCGCCUGGCUCGAGAGCCUGAAUUGGCGACAUGUCUUCACGAGAAAAUUCUGGACUACAAGGCGAAGGGAUAUAGUCGUAAGCUUUCGGCACAGGAAGAAGUUAUGCGCAUGGAACGCUCGUGGUAUCUGCCGAUCUUUCCGGUUGUCAAUCUUAACAAACCUGGGAUGCUUAGAAUUGUGUGGGAUGCUGUAGCCAAGGUCGGACGUGUUUCGUUGAAUUCGUUCCUGCUGAAAGGACCUGACCAAGUUACGCCACUUCCGGACGUCUUACAAUGGUUCCGCGAAUAUCGUGUUGCAAUUUCAGGGGAUAUUCGCGAGAUGUUUCACCAAGCUCGGAUCAACAGUGAAGACCAGCAUUGCCAAAGGUUUCUCUGGAACGAUGGAAAUCCAGGGAAUAACCCGACGACUUACGUCAUACAAGUGAUGACGUUCGGUGCGAGUUGUUCGCCAAGCAGUGCACAGUACGUGAAAAAUCUAAACGCAGGACGGUUUAAGCACCAGUUUCCGGAAACUGUUGGGGCGAUCUGUAAGGGCACGUACGUUGACGAUAUGCUCUGUAGCGUGGUAUCAGAAGGAGAGGCGGUAAAACUCGCGCAGAAUGUAAGGUCCACACAUGCUGAAGGUGGCUUCGAGAUCCGAGUAUGGCUGUCCAACUCUAAAAAGGUAGUAGAUGCCAUGGGUGAACGCAUCUUUUUCCAGAAGGAUUUGAAUAAGUCUAGCGAGCUGGCAACCGAGAAAGUACUGGGAAUGUGGCGGGAUACCAUCAGCGAUACACUUACUUUUAAAAUCCCGAAACGAUGCAGGCAACAGUUGCUUUCCGGAGAGGAAGCCCCUACGAAGCGUGAAGUACUACGAAUCCUCAUGUCGGUAUACGACCGGCUCGGACUUCUGGCAAACGUGCUAAUGUUCCUCAAAGUCCUUCUUCAGGAUAUUUGGCGCUCUAACAUUGGUUGGGAUGAACCGAUAGCCGGUCAACAACUUUCGAAGUGGAGAAUGUGGCUCAGCGUGUUGAACAACGUGGAGAAAGUUUCCGUUCCGCGAUGCUAUCGAACGAUAACAUCUGUAAUUCAGCUGCAUGUUUUCGUUGAUGCUAGCGAAAACGGGUACGCAGCGGUCGCAUACUUUCGCUACGAAGAAGGUGACACGAUAGAAUGUGCCUUUGUUGCUGCAAAAACUCGUGUUGCAUCCCUGAAGUAUGUUUCGAUUCCUCGGUUGGAACUUCAAGCGGCAGUUAUCGGAAUCCAUCUGGCGAAAGCGAUCGAAGAAACUCACCGUAUUCCAGUACAGAAACGGUUUUUCUGGACUGAUGCAAGAGAUGUCCUUUGUUGGUUGCGCUCAGAUCACAGAAAGUACAGCAAGUAUGUUGGUGCACGAGUUGGAGAAAUUUUAGAACACACUGACCUAUCCGAGUGGUUUUGGAUUCCGACGAAACUGAAUAUAGCCAAUGACGGGACGAAGUGGCAACGAAUUCCUGACCUUUCACCAUCGAGCCGGUGGUUUAGAGGACCCAUAUUUUUAUGGCAACCGCGACGUGCGUGGCCAGCCAAGCCGGCCAAUCCUGAAACAACGACAACCGAAAUGAAUGUGUCGGUAAACGUCCACGCAGUCCGUGUCCCCAUCACAAUUUUCGCCAAAUAUCCCAACUGGCGAAAACUCAUCAGAGUAGUUGCGUAUAUGCUCCGGUUCUCGAGGAACACUCAGGCGAAGCUACAGUACCGUACUCCUACGUCCGGAAUCCUCAGUCAGGAAGAGCUAUUAGAUGCUGAACACUAUCUUUACAAGCAAGCACAGCUGGACGAAUACAGUAAGGAAAUUGCAUUGUUGUCGGGUUUCAAGAAUGUUGCCGGAGUGAAAGCUGAUCCUAGUCCCAAAAAUAGCUCGAUCUACAAGCUAUCGCCAUUUCUCGACGAAAAAGGAGUUCUGCGCAUGCUUGGAAGAUCUGCUGGUUGUAAAUUCAUCCAACCGUCCGCCGCCCAUACCAUUUUGCUGCCGAAGAAGCACCCAUUAACCACACUUGUCGUCCGUUUCUACCACGAGCGCUAUCAUCAUCUGAACCAUGAGACAGUCGUCAACGAAUUAUGUCAGAAAUAUCGAAUCCCGAAGAUGCGAAGAGUCUGCUACAAGAUUCGACAAGACUGCCAGGCCUGCAAGAAUGUUAGAGCUCGUCCGCAACCGCCCGUUAUGGCAGAUCUCCCGUCAGCGAGACUAGGAGCAUAUUCUCGGCCAUUCUCGUAUGCUGCGAUCGAUUAUUUCGGUCCGAUGCAGGUGGUCGUUGGCAGAUGUGUUGAGAAGAGCUGGGGUGUACUAAUCACAUGCUUGGUGGUACGCGCCGUACACAUAGAAAUAGCCCAUACGCUCAAUUCCAGUUCCUGUAUCAUGGCACUGAGGAACUUCAUUGCGAGGCGUGGAACGCCGUUAGAGCUAUUUAGCGAUCGGGGUACAAAAUUCGAUGGUGCCAAUCGAGAGCUGAACGAAGCAGUACGCUCCUUGAAUCAGGAGGAAAUCAUGAAGGAGUUCGUGACUGCAAACACUAAGUGGUCGUUCUUGCCACCGAGUAGUCCGCACAUGGGUGGAAGCUGGGAGAGAUUGGUGCAAUCUGUGAAGAAAAUCCUGAACAAUAUGAAGCUUCCUAGAUUACCGACAGACGAAGUCCUACGGAACACUCUACUGGAAAUAGAGAAUACCAUAAAUUCGCGCCCCUCACCUAUGUACCAAUAG